AUGAUCUCCAAUUACAAGUUCCUCAAAAUAAACGUGCAGAACGGCAACACGCCUCGCAAGGGAUGUAAGUCAAGGACCCGAAACAUGCCGCACGAGAAUCUUGAUGAUAGUUCUUACUUCGUACAGAUUCCAACAGCAGACCACAAGAUGUUUCCCCUGAAAACGAAACUAUUUGUCCUGCUACUUGCCAUUGGGCAACGCGUCAACAGAAGCGUCGAUCUGUUUUUGUCUGCCAAAUGUAAACUCUCAAAGCAUGCUUUUGACUGGUGGAAGCAAUUACAGCCUGAAAAGCGGGACUACAUUUAUUACCAAAAAACAGUGGACAACCUGGCCAAGGUCUUUCCGUCUGUCUCAAAUGGUGUAGAGCCCUGUCUGGACCACUGCAGGACCUGCGCAGUGGUGGGAAAUUCAGUGAAUUUGAAGGGCUCACUUUAUGGAUCUGUAAUAGAUGCCAAUGAUGUGGUUUUCAGAAUGAACAGAAGUCCCACUAAAGGCUAUGAAAAAGACGUGGGGACCAAAACGACGCAUCGCAUCAUGUAUCCAGAAAGCGCCGUAGACUUGGACAACGCCACUCGCUUUAUACUCUUACCCUUCAAGAUUAUGGACUUGGAGUGGCUUCAGCAAGCCUUCACCACAGGAUUCUUCGGAAAGUCAUAUGCCCCAGUAAAGUCCACCAUCAGAGCGAACGAAGACUUGGUGAUGGUGGUCAGUCCAGUUUUCAUGAUGUAUGUUCAUCACGUGUGGUUGGAGAGUGAACGCGGAUAUCCUUCUACGGGCUUCAUGGCGUUGAUUCUGGCCCUGCACAUUUGUGAUGAGGUACGGGUUUUUGGUUUUGGAGGGGACAAGCAUGGCAGCUGGACGCACUACUGGGAAAAACCCAAAGACAAAAACUUUAAAACCGGACUUCAUCCCGGAAACCUCGAAUACUAUAUUCUGGAGCAACUAGCUAAAGAGCAAGCGCUUCAACUUUUUAAUGGCUCGAGAUCAUAAAACAGACGUGACUAUUGUUUUAUACUUCAUACAAAAAAAAUAUAUAUAUAUCAGAAUUUACUGGGAUGUAUGUACAAUACUGAUAAAACAUCUAGCAUGUACACAGUCGUGAAGCCAUGUUACAUAUGCAAAUGGUUUCAUUCAGUACUGAAAUUAUCCAACAAAUCACCUUCAUGAGAGGCUCAUUCAUGUCAUUAGCUAGCACAUUAGCCUAAAUAAAGCACUAGUACAAAGUGAGGUGACGACAUACAUGGGGAUCACAAAUAUGUGAACUAGCACUUUACACAAACACCAUUAAGCCAUAAAACUUUUUAUUUAACGUUUUAUUAUUAACUCAGGCUGUCUAUCAAUUAUUCUAUCAAUGACUGUUAAUCAAACAAUCAGACAAAAACAUUUUUAGAUCAAUGCAAAAUCUCUCUUUAUCACUAUUGAUUUAUGAUCAUUUAGUUUUAUGUAAUGACCAAACAAAUAAUUCAACAAUAUCUCAUGACCAGGAGUGAUGAUGUACUCUCGGGUACUGAGUAAUACUGAAGCCAGCUAGUCUGAUGUAUUGGUACAUUUCUGUGGCUGUUUCAGGUUCAACUACGUGUACAUUAUGGGUUUUUCACACUACGACUACAAAUGCAAUAUUUUAUUUUACAUACAAAUUAUGAUUCAGAGGUUUGGUCUCUGUAACUUAUCAGAAAACAGGCACAGACUUUGAACAUUGUUCUCCAAAGUCAAAACAGAUGUUUGCAAAUGUUAUUGUGAUCAACCACAGAGAUAAUCAGGAUGUACCCCGCCUCCUGCCCAGUGAUAGCUGGGACAGGAUCCAGCACUCCUGUGACCCUUGUGAGGAUAAGCAGCUCAGACAAUAGCUGGACAGAUGGGCUAAUUGUCAAUUCAUCAAUCAAUAGUUGCAGCUGUAAUAUUUACUGACAAUAAUAAAUAGCAGUGAGAACAAAAAAGGCAAAGUGAACGACACCCGUCUAUUCAUAGCUGGAUCGAUAGGGAAGCAGAAAUCCAGUUUUAGUUUCACUUUUGAUGGGUCAUCAGUCUUUGUUAAUUGUGGGCCCUGUGAAGCCCUUUGAAACUAUUUUGUGAUUGUGGGUUAUACAAAUAAAGGUGACGGCGCACAAGGUGAACUCAAGGGCUGCCAGAAAAACUGAACAUCAAGUGGACUAAAAAAAAAAAAAAAAAAAACCUGUCAAUGAAAUAAACCUAAACGAGACUCUUAACAGAUGCCACCAAAGUAAAACUUGAAUUGCUUUGUAGAAGCCAAGAUUUUCUGUCAAUGAGUGAGGAUAGGUUCCAAAGAAAAUCCACGUACUGCAAUUUGUAAAUGCAAAAC